AUGGUGCUUCGGGACACUGAUGAUGCAGGUCACUCUCAGUUAAUUGGUUCUCCUCGGCCAAUAGUGGCAAAAGUUGGCGAUGACGUCAUCUUGCCAUUUCAUCUGCAGCCUGCAGUGGAUGUUGCUGCCAAGACUUUUGAAUGGGCAAGACCAGACCUGAACCCCAGAUUUGUUUAUGUGUGGCGUGCUGGUCAGGACAUUGUAAAAAUAAAAAAUCCUUCCUACAAAGGAAGAACAACUCUGUUCACUGAUGAACUGAAGCACGGAAACAUUUCACUGAAACUCUCCAAAGUGAAACUUUCUGAUGAGGGGAGAUACAAAUGUUACAUUCCAGAUAUGAACACAGACGCCUCCAUUGAGCUUGUUGUUGGGGCUGUCUCCUCACCUGUCAUCAGUUUAGCAGGGAUUGACAGAGACAAAGGGGGAGUGGUGUUACAGUGUGAGUCUGCAGGCUGGUAUCCAGAGCCUGAGGUGUUCUGGCUGGACGGUGAGGGAAACCUCCUCUCUGCUGGACCUACAGAGACAUUCAGAGGUCCUGAUGACCUCUAUACUGUCAGCAGCAGAGUGACUGUGGAGAAGAGACACAGCAACAGCUUCACCUGUAGAGUCCAACAGAAGGACAUCAACCAGACCAGAGACACUCACAUCCAGGUUCCAGAUGAUUUCUUUGAGGUCCAGUCCAGUUUGUCCCCCAUCACGGUUGGAUUGGCUGUUUGUUUGGUUGCUUGCAUCAUGAUCAUUUUGUUACUUAUCUUUUCUGUGUGGAAAUGGAGACAGAACAUAAUCAACUGCAAGAGAAGCCACAGGGAUGAAACUGAUGAAGGAGAACAGAAUGACCGCUUUAAAAGUAACAAAACUGAAGUUCAGGUUAACACUGAAGCAGAAAGAGAGCAGCUCAUGACAGAUGAAACAGUGCCAACGAAGGAUUUGAAGAACAGAAAAGGGGAAAGGGAGAAAACACAUCCAGAAGAAAAACUAGCUGAAACUGAAAAGCAGCUCCAGGAUGAAAAGAGGAGGAGGGAGGAAGCUGAAAAACAAAGGGAGAGCAUACAGAAAGAGGUCGAGAAGCUCAAAGAGGAGAAGCAGAGGAGUGAGGACGACAAGAAGCAGCUACAAAAGCAGCUGGCGACCAAGACAAAAGAGCCUGAAGAAAAACCAGCUGAAACUGAAAAGCAGCUCCAGGAUGAGAAGAGGAGGAGAGAGGAAGCUGAAAAACAAAGGGAGAGCAUACAGAAAGAGAAUGAGAACAUCAAAGAGGCAGCUGACAGGAACAAAGAGGAGCUGAAGGAAACUCAAGAAAAGUUGGAAGAAAGGACUGCUAAAAACAGGGAUCUGAAGAAAGAAGUCAAGAAGCUCAAAGAGGAGAAUCAGAGGAGUGAGGACGAAAAGAAGCAGCUACAAAAGCAGCUGGCGACCAAGACAAAAGAGGUCGAGAAGCUCAAAGAGGAGAAGCAGAGGAGUGAGGACGACAAGAAGAAGCUGCAGAAGGAGCUGGAGACAAAGACAAAGGAGCAGCCUCACCAUGAGCAGAAGAUAGCAGAGGAAGCUGAGAAAAACCUGGAGGAGCGCGAUAACACCAGUACUGUCAAUCAAGGACCAUGAGGAAAGGUUACUGUCCAUCACACCAAAAUGCUGAUCAGUAAAUAAUGCUUAACAUUAAACAUCAGGAACAGCACGACUCAGAUCUUCCUGUAAAAACACAUGUUGUAGUGACGUCUAGUGAACACGAGAUCACAUCACAUCCUGAUCUAGAAUCAACAAAAUGAGACCUUUUUUAUUAAUGUUGAAUCAAAUCUUAUUACAUUUUUGUUUUUCUGGUAUUUUCAACAAUUCAGAACACUUUUUGUCUGAAAGUUCUGAACUCAAGACAAAGACUAAAAUAAUUUAAA